UUUUUACAAAAGUUAACCAAGUUCAAUUGUGCACACAUUUUAUUGUAUUUUAUUGUACAAAAAUAUCCUGUAUUUUCUAAUUUGUUUCCUACAGUUUAUACAGGUUGUAUUGUCAAUAGUUUUGAAACCAUCUGAUAUUAUCUGUUCUAGCAGUUGUUUAACUGUAAAAAAUCUAACAUUGAAAUAUUAGGUGUUUUUUUUUAGCCGUAAAAAGUUGUUACUAAAAAUUUUAAAAAUGGGCAAUUCAAUUUCACCACAAAUUGAAAAUGCACAGAAAACAGGUGUUUGUUCAUUAAAAGGAAAGAAACUAAAAGAGCUACCGCCCGAAUUUUCUAAGCUGCCGAAGACAUUGCGGACGUUGGAUUUAUCUGAUAACUUCUUGCACACGUUGCCUUCUCUUGGUCAAUUUGUAAAUCUCAAGUCAUUGGCUGUUGAUAAUAAUAAAUUAAGUGAUGCUUCUGCAGAUAUAUCAAAACUGGUCAAGCUAGAAAGUUUGAUUUUCUCAUCAAACUUGUUACGAACAUUUAACUUGUCUAAUGCAGCAUCAUUGAGAAAUUUAAAAACUGUAAAUUUAAACAAAAACAAAAUCAAAGAAUUUCCCAUCACUCUUUGUCAAUUGUCAAGCCUUGAUGCUGUGGACUUAUCGGAGAACUUUAUAUCUACAUUACCAAAUGACAUUAAAGGUUUAAAAAGCAUAGAGUUAAACCUGAAUAAAAACAGACUAAAGGAGCUAAAUGAAUCCAUCAGCGAAUGUCCACGUUUAAAAGUAUUAAGGAUAGAAGAGAAUUGUUUACCUCUAUCUGCAAUGACUGAGAACAUCCUAAAGAAUUCUCAAAUUGCUGUUCUGGCAUUUGAAGGAAAUAUGUUUGAUAUGAAACAGUUGCAAGAGGUGGAAGGUUAUAAUGAGUAUAUAUCACGGUAUUCAGCAAACAAAAAGAAGUUUGUUUAAAUUUGUAAGUGGCUGGUUAGAGAAAGCUGGAGAAUCAUCUGAAGACUUUUUUGCAAUGGUGAACUAUGGGUAUAUUGAUCCAAGUUAAAUUUGUUUAUGAUCCAAGUAUUUUUUUUUUUUUUUGAAUUAUUAAUGUUUAAAAUAAUGUAUAUAAUAUCAAGCUGUGAGUGACCUAACUGAGUACAAAACUCUUCCAAUUACAAUUUAAGGUACUACGGAAAUGCAUUUUAAGUCAUCUGAAUGUAAGAGAUUAAAAAUUACACUGCUAUCAACCUGUAAAACUGCAUCACUUAUGUAUAGCUUUGAUGAUUUAAUUAAAUUUCUAAAUCUUGUUUCGUUCUGUUUAGUGCUAGCUUGCAUAGGUGUGACAUGGGUUUUCCAUAUGGCUUUUUUCAUAAACCAUACUGUACCAUUUAGGUGUACCAUUGCUUUUCCACAAAGCAAGUUUCUGCAAAGUUUGUAAAAUGUAAUUUGUAGAAAUGCUUGGUUCAUCACAUAUACUGUAAUUCUGGUAACAUAAACAAGCAUAUUGGGAACUUUUUGACUUUGCUGGAUUGUCAUUUUGCUUCAUUGACUUUUAGCAUGAGUAAAUCAGGUAGUUUCAAGCAAAGUUUGUUAAAAAAAUAAAAUUUAAACAAAAUCAUGCAAGGAAAAAAUCAAGGCCAAAGAUUCUUAAAAUGUGAGACACUUGGUUUUGUGUACCAUUGCUUUUCCACAAAGCAAGUUUCUGCAAGCAAGUUUGUAAAAUGUAAUUUGUAGAAAUGCUUGGUUCAUCACAUAUACUGCAAAAGAUUCCUAAAAUGUGAGACACUUGGUUUUGUAUUUUUAACCAAAAUUAUUUUUGUAUCUUAAGAAUAAUACUAAAGCAGUGUUGAGAAAAAUCAGCACAAAGUUUCGAACUCCAAGUGAUGCUGUUUACGUUACUCUCAAACAAACUGUGACAUUUCCUACAAAGUGUUGAUUACAACACACCAUUUCAAGUGUUAAUUGUAAGAACAGAGUCAAGAGAAGGGUAAGUCAAACUCUUUUUCUUUUGUAAUAGUAUUGUCUUUUUCUAGCAUUUUAAGUAUCUUUAUGCUUCGUGAAGAGGAACUCCUUUAAUACAGGGUUACUUAGUUCUGGGAGUUCUUCUAUUGGGAUUUCUUCCUACUCUUUCUUUUUAUGGGUUAUUCUUCAUCUUGUUCUUUUGGAAAUUCACAGGCUUUUUUGGUUUCUUUUUAUUGUUGUCCAGUGUUUGUUGUACAUUUUGAUUUUUAUUCUUUUUUUGCUAUCAAUUUUAAAGUUAGAAUUAAAUUUGAUACAAUGUUUUUUAAGUUGAAUUUUUUUGGUAACAAUAUCCAGAUCGUAAGGUUGAAUUUUUGUUCUUAAAAUAUUUUUCAUUUGGGGCUGGUAUGUCCAUUAAUAGUUCGGUCCCUUGAUAUUUUUGAUCAUGUAUUGGUAAUACUGAAUCUUUGUUGGAUGGUUUUUCAUGGUCGUACUCCUUCAUUUGUUCGUAAUAUCCUGUUUACAUGAUCUUUUGUAGUUUGCUGAUUUUGUGGUUAUUAACUUCUAUUAUCAGGUGUUGGUAUGCAUUAAUGGACCAAGCAAACAGUAAGCAGGUAUUGUUUGCUGUUUGAAGGCGAACAUUAUCGAUUAAUAUGGAAUAAUGAUAUUUUUCAAUUUUCAUCUAUUCACCCUAAAAGUCUUGCCUGCACACCUAGUUCAACAACUGAACUAUAAUUAUGGCUGGAUUUACCCCCUUUCUUUCUCAGCAAACCUCUUUGUAACAUUUAUAAUACCUAAAAUCAUGUUCAUAACAGUUUUUGCAGUAUUUAGAGGGACAAAUCAACACAAAAUCGAUGCUAACUAUAAAGACAUUUAAAGAUUUCCCGUGCUUACAGGCUGUGUGAAGUAAAUAACUAAAAAAAAACAACCAGUCAAGAAAAAAAACAAAAAUAUAACAAGACAAUUAAUACUUAAGCAUUUGUCUCUUCAUCUUCACAAUCAUUGACAUUCGCUUGUCCAUGGACUCGAUUAUCUUUUCGACUUCUUCCGCAGGAUACUCUUUCAUGGUUUGCUUAACACAGUGAGAAAACUGCUUGACAGUUUCCUUUGUUAUAUUUUUUUUACCGCGUUCCCUUACAGUUUCUUGUCAAUAAGGUGAAAAAAGUUUUCGAUUCUGCUAAUGCUGGUGCUCGUGGUGGUAUGGAGAACAUGGUCGCUUCUAUCUCCUCCAGGGCUUGCUUUGCUGAUGCUGAAUUUUUGUGAGGAUCUUUGUCGUCUUACAAGAAAAGUUUUUUCUCUUUGUUGCCCCAGAUUUUAGAGGCUGUUACAAAAUGCUCCCCAACAAAGGCUGCAAAGUAGGCACUGGUGAGACAGUCUUGUGUUACUUGCACAUCACCACACCAUGCUUGUGAGCAAUGGCAACAAAAAAGUUUGCUAUUUUCCCACCGGUGCCUGCCUUCUUUCCUUUUGAUGUGCACUGAAAAUGGAGACCCUUGCCACGCUUUCUCCACAUCAAUAAUCCCGUCGAUCUCGCCUGGUCAUUUGGGUUUGACUUGUGCACGAAUGAUUUCCUGUCAAUGUAAAAACUUAUACCAAUUGCCAUAAGCUUGGGUCGUAGUUUUUUUUUUAACGCGCCUGGCAAACGCCGGUGGUGGUGACAUGUCUUUGCAGGUACCUGCCAUCCAGGUGUAAGUUUGACAUGUCCAUCUUUGUGUGUCUGUAUUCUUACUGUGUAACCAUGAUUGUUUUCCUUUGAUCAAUGCAUACAACAGGAGGAUAGUACAAUUCCUUAUUUUGUUCAGAUUGUUGAUUUAUCGUGAGAAAUCACAUUUUUAUUUUUUCUUCUAGCAUUUUUUAAAAAAAUAAAAUGAGUCAACAAAAAGAAUUAAAACAUUUUAAAUCAACAUUUCAUCUUUCGGCUUCAUUAGAAUUUCUGUUCUGUAAAGUAUUAUUACAAAUUUUUGACAUAAUAGCAAAACAUGCACUAGGGGCUAAUUACAAUAUACUCUAGAAUAUAAGUUAACUGUCACUCUCUGUGUCAACAAUGAAUUUAGCACAGCCGGUCUUUUUUUAAAAUAUGCGCCGUUAGCCUGCCUUUAGCAGAAACGACGCCCGAUUAUUGAUGAAUUUCUAGUAUUCUUAAAUCUAAAAAAGUUCAUGUAACGAAUUCCUGUUUUACAUGAGUUUUAUAUGUAGACUUUUGUGAUCCCUGAGAGUCCCAGUUUUGGCAUAUUUUGCUUCCAGGAUAUCCACAAGUGUUGCAUACCUCGGUCGGGGGGCCUUCAGCGUCGUUUGCUGGGAGAUGUGUGACUAUUGGACCCAACAUUUUGAUCACCUUCUUUGCAUCAGCCUCUGUCCGCAGCACUAGGAAAGGGUUCCAGUUCGUCAGCAAAUCUAUUGUGAUUCUAUUGAUGUUCAAUCGUCCUUGAGGCCAUCUUGUUUUAAAGGUAGUUGUCUGACCUGUAAGUAUUUCAGUUGUCUGACCUGUAAGUAUUUCAUUAUCCAAAAAUUAUGCAACAUCAGAAUAGUUGUUCUCCUUUAAAAUAAUCAGAAAUUUUCUCAGCAGGGAUGUUAGAUCUGUUUUUUUGACGUCCACAAACUGACCAAUCUUUCCAACUUUAUUUAGUUUUUUAGCUGCCAUUUUUGUGACUGGUUUUCCACAACAUUAAUACAAGGCUCCUGCACCCCCACUCUCCGUCUGCCAUAUUUAUACAGUUGUUAUUGUAAUUUGAUAAAAGAGUUACUAGGUCACAUGACACAGCAAAAAAGUUAACCAUAACACCUCCCUAUGUGUCAGGUUCCGACAGGGGGGGGGGGGGUGUUUGCCCGCGGGACAUAUAUGUGCCUCUUCCUCAGAAAAGUUUUACAUAACAAGAUUUAUUUCGAAGUUGACGGUAACUUGUUAGAAUAUGCAUCUAAUAGAGUGACAAAUGCAACCUUACCAACACAUCAUUAAUCUCAACAUAAUAUAGAUGCCGUAAAUAUAUAUAUAUAGAUGCCAGAAAUUUUAAAAUAGCUUCUUUUUCCGAAUGCGUUGUCACAGACUUCUCGUUUUUGCACCAUUACAGUCAGCAUAAAUUAAAUUUAAAAAGCUUCCCAGUUUUGUUUUCUAAUAACGUCUCUAUGAAAUUAUUUGUAAUUAUAUGUAAAUAUUCAAAAAAACUGCAUAUUUUUUUCUUUCUGUCGUCAUAAUUCGCUUAUAAGUAAUUUAUACAAAAAAAUAUUGGAACCUUUAGUGCAUAAUUUAUUCACCUUUCCAUUACAGAAAAUUUCCAAUGAGCCAAUAGGAAGCUUUCGAAAAAGAGACCACAAACGUAAAGGCAUGUAUGCGAAAAUUGACUAACAAGACAGGGGCGUAGCCAGAAAAAAAUUAACCUUAGUCGAAGCAUUGACCCGCAGGGUCAACAUCGCACCAAAGGUGCGAUAUUAAGCAACUGGGGGUUUGGGGGGGCGUUGUGAGCCCCCCAACGAGUCCAACGCCUUUUUACGCCCUUUAAGCACUAAAACGCCAUAAAACCGACUCUCUGAGAUACACGAUACAUGUUAAGUAUUCUGAACAAUUGAUCAAAACGGGGGAAUAAAUGACAACAUAAAAUACAUUACAAUAUUUAUUAGCAAGGUUGUAAUCAAACCAGCAAUAAGAAAGCAUAAUACCAUCAUAAUGUUUUUUAUAGAUUGAAAGUUAUUAAUGCAAUAACUAAAAUCUUCAUUCUUCUUUCUUCAUAUCCAGCACCAAAAUAAUGUUUUUUGCAGAUUGGAGGUUAUUAAAAAUAUAACCAAAUCAAAAUCUUCAUUCUUCAUAACUAUUAAUAAAAAUUUCAAAAAUAUAAUAAUGAAAUGGAACCAUGGACAAAUUGAAUCUAACAUGAAUGAAUGAAUAAAAACAUGGCAAGGAUCAGAGUUUCAUACCCAAACCAUGAAUGAGUGAAUCAAUCAAAUCAGAUACAUAAAUAUACAUGUAUAUCUACCGGUCAAAAUGACAGUAAAAUGGAAAAAGGGGUGUUUACUUAAUAUUAGGCUAGAAAUGGGGUAUUUACUUAAUAUUAGGCUAGAAGUGGGGGUAAGUUGCUUAUUUAUUUAAAUUUUUUAUAUACACAUAAAGAUUGAGAUGGAAGUUAAUCGAAAAAGUUGAAAAAAGAAAAUGAUUAGACAAAAUCUAACCUGCGUUGUCCCUUGGCGGAAAACCUAUUAAUUAUAUCUUCUUUAUUUAUUUGAACACCCAAAUGAACAUGGAGUAGAGCAAGACCAUUAAACCUUUCUUCUGUCAUUGUUGAUCUGCAAUAGUUUUUUAGUCUCCUCAUUGCAGAAAAGGAUCUUUCACACUCGCAUGAAGUCAUGGGAAUAGUGGCUAAAAUUCUAAGGGCCACCUCUAUGUUGCUGAAGACUCCAUCUGCAUGAGGGAAAGCUUUAAGAGUAGCUUUAAUGGAGUUUGGAAUGGAUUCAGGAUUUUCUUUUUCCAUAUUUUGCCAAAAGGUUACCCACACCUCUAGCUCAUUUGAAAUAGUUAAAGGGUUGGGAAAGUCGUUAAAAUAGAAAUUUACAAAUGUGUCAAAUUGAUUUUUCCAUGGCAAUUUAGAAGAGUGUUCUUUUUCAUAUGCAAGGAGAUGUAAAAGUUUGGAUGGUAUGAUCACUAGACCAUGACAUGCAGUCACAGAAUGAUCAAAUCGAUCGUUUAGCUCAGAAAUCACAUGGUCAAUAAGAGGGAUAGUUAUGGCCUCUUUAAAGUAAUCUGAAACAUCAGAAUAAGUAUAAUUUGGCCUGUGUACUUGUCUUUUAGCAGUUCGAGGAACAGUAACUGUUAUGUUUACUUUUUGAGCUAAUUCCUCUGCAAGUAAAAACCACUUUUCAUGAUAGGUGUCAAUAUUGUCUCUAAUGCAAGAAAACCUAUCUUUUAAAGAAUUAAUUAACAUUACAGUUUUAAACAUGUCAUUAGUCUUAAUGCAUUUCUAUGACUAACUGCUUUGGAUACAGUAUCAGCAUUAAUUACCCUAUUAGGGUUAAGGGCCAUCUCAUCAAAAGUAGCUAAAAUGCCUUCAAAUAAAUCAUUAAAAACACUCGUGCCAAUAAUACGUUCCACCCACCUAGUGUUACAAACAUCAAUAAUAUGGGCAUAAUUAGGAUUGUUAGUAAAGUCAGCAACAUUCUUUCGUAAAAGUUUCAAUCUACUUUCAGAAAAUUUAAAAAAAUAUGUUAUCUGUUUGAUUUGAUCCAUCAUGUUGCGGACAUAAUGUACAGAGCACGAAUUACAGACAACUAAAUUUAGGCGAUGAGAAGAACAGUGUGUGUAUAAAGCUAAUCUGUUUUGCUUUAAAAUAUGAGCCUGACAACCAUUAAUUUUACCAGCUACAUUCCCAGCACCAUCAUAACAUUGACCUCGACAAUUCUGUAUGUCAAGAGAAAGUUCAUUCACGGUUUUUAAAAUGACCUUUGAAAGAGACAAACCUGAGAGCCCUUCACUACAAUGAACAAACCUUAUGAAUCCCUCUCGCAAGUUACAGUGUUGGUCUACAAAACGAAGUACUACUGACAUUUGUUCCUUGGUAGAUGUGUCGCAAGCUUCGUCACAAAUUAUUGAAAAAAAUUUAGCUUGUUUAACUGCAGAUAUUAUUUUGUCUGUUAUAUAAUCAACACAACAUGAAAUAAUUUCAUUCUGUGUUUGUGGUGAUAAGUAAGUUGCAUUUUUUGAACAGGCUUUUAAAUGAUUACCUAAAGCUAUAUCACCCCCUCUUACUCUAUAAUUUAAAAGGUCAAGAAAAUUGCCAACAGAAUAAGGAGCAUAGCCACCAACUUCAGGAAAAUCUUUUAAGUUGUCUCUCUGUCCUCUCAGGGAAAUGCAUAGGCGGCCACAAAGAAUAACUGUAUCAAUAAUAGCUGCUAAAAAAAUUCUGUUGGCUUUUACCUUUUUGGAAUACAUAGUAGAUACCAGUUCAUUAAUUUUUUUGGUUGUACCUGACUGGUUAGUCCUUAAAGAAGUCAAAAUAGAAGAGGUGUCCUUAUGAAGAGCACUUUUUUCAUGUUUUUUAUAGACCGAAACACUGUCAUUCCAGUAGUUCUGCCUCUUUGAAAUAAGAUUAGUAGCUAAUGCAGAUUUUAAAUUUAUUUUUUGAUGCAAUAAUGUGCAAGGCAGACAAAACGCAGCAUCCUUGUGAUUACAAUAUGCUAGUCAUGGAAAUUGAGCAAACCAAACAUAUCGAAAUCGCCUAUUAAGUUUGUCCCUAGGAAAAGUGAAUCCUUGAUCAGGUUUUGUUACGUUAUCAACAUAUGUGACUAUAUCAUGAUCACUAAGGUGUGGAGCUUGCUUGUAAUAAGUGCCUACAUCAUAUUUUCCAAUACCAUCAAUAUAACCUGGGGGGGAAAGAAUUUAAUAAAGGUUUUGCAGAAAAAACUUUUUCAGGUGUAAUAGGUUUUAACUUAGCAUUUCCUUUGACAAAAAAGUUUUUAAAGUUAAAGGUUGGCUUUUUUGAAAUGGAAGAAGUCUCCUCAUUAGUGCCAGAAGUACCACAUUGAUUAACUAAUGUUGUUUGGCCUAAUGAAGAGGAAAAAUUUGGUGAUGAGACACAUACGUUUUCAGUUCUUUUUAUUUUGCUCUCUGUCUUCA